AUGGAGCCAGGUCUCGGCUCGAGUUUUUCGGUGUUGGACAAUGCACAGCUUUGUAAGCUUUUUGUCGGGGGUCUUAACCCACAAACUGACGAGUUUGGCCUAAGGAAACAUUUCGAGGCCUUCGGCUCCCUGACAGACUGUGUCGUGAUGAUGAAUCCCCAAACCAACCGUUCCCGCUGUUUCGGCUUUAUCACGUUCUCCACCGUUAAGGAGGCCGAUGCGGCCGUGGCAGCCUCGCCCCACACUGUGGACGGCAACCGGGUGGAGCUGAAGCGAGCCGUGGCCAGAGAGGACUCUUGCAGACCGGGGGCCCAUGCGCGGGUCAAGAAGAUCUUUGUUGGUGGCCUUAAAAGUGACAUGGUUGAGAGUGACCUGGUGGAGCACUUUUCGCAAUUUGGACCGGUGGAGCGGGCCGAGAUCAUCCUCCACAAGCAGUCGGGCAAGAAGCGGGGCUUUGGUUUUGUCUACUUCUUUGACCACGAUACUGCAGACAAGGCCGCCGUGGUCAAGUUCCAUCCCAUCCGAGGCCACCGAAUCGAGGUCAGGAAGGCGUUGCCUAAGGAAGACAUGAGUCAAUGGGGCCUCGAUCUGCCCAUCCUGGGGAGCAGCUGCAGCUGGAGACCUUCCACCCGAGCUCGUGCAGGUCUUUCUUCCAGCCCAAGCCCUGACCCCAGCCCCAAACCUAGCACCAGUCCCAGCCCCAUCCCUAGCCCCAGCCCCAUCCCUACUACCCAACUCCAAUCUGCUGAGGGUCUCACACCUGCUGGGUGGCGGGGCCCCAGACUAGCCGGAUGGUUGGGCCCCAAACCUUCCGGGUGGUCGACCCCCAAACAUGCCGGGUGGUCGGCCCCCAGAUCUGGUGGGUGGUCGGUCCCCAGGUAUGCCGAAGAACAUGAAGUUAGAUCUGCCGGGAGCUCCACCCCUGAAUCUGAGGGGGGUGGUGCCUCUGCAUCUGCCAGGAGUCCUGAUCUGAAACCCGAUGGAGACGCCGAGUCCAAAAGUGAAGGAAGUGUCAUCCCCACGUUUGGUUGGAUCCCCAGGCCCAAAUCUAGUUGGGGCCUCGAGCACAAAUCCGGUUGGGACUCUGAUCCCAGAUCUCGAGGGGGACCCAAACCUAGGGGAGAUCCUGACUCCAGACCCCCGGGAGGGACCCAUCCCAAAUUUUCCCUCGUAUCCUGGGACCCUGGCUUCAGCGCCACCCCUGCUACUGGCCCUGCGUCUGAUCCGAUGCCUGCUUCCGAUUUUGGCAUGGGCCUAGAGCCCAGCCCUUCCUUUACCUUAGGCUCUAGCUCCAAAUCUGAGCCUAAAUCUAGUUUGGGUCUUGACCUCAAACGGGCCCCAAGCUAUUACAGAGGUUUUACCCCCAAGCCUGGUAUUGCCUUAAACCCCAAAGCCGGCUCUGGCCCUAGGCCAGGUGGGCUACUAGGCCCCAGGCCUGGCGGAGGCUCUGGUCCUAGGCCUGGCGGGGGCAGCGGUGGUGGUGGGGGCAGCAGCUCUGGCCCCAGGCCCGGUAGUCUAGGCCCCAGGCCCGGGGGAUCAGCCUCGGGCCCAGGUCCAAGCCCAAGCCCGGGCCUUGGCCGAGGGAGUGGCCCUCGCCGCAACAUAAUCCGUGGGUCACGCGGCCCUCGAGGCCGUGGCCGAAGCUUUGAAAGCUCUCGGGGCUACCGUGGGGGGAGCGAGUAUCGUGGGGGGAGCGAGUACCGGGCUGGCUACAGCCACAGCCGAGGUUUCCUUGGGUCUUUGAAGAGGCGUUGGGGGUGGAGGCUGCGAUGGCGAUGGCGGCAGCCCGAUGGCGAUGGCAGCAGUGACGGCAGCGGUGACGGCAGCGGUGACGGCAGCGGUGACGGCAGCGGUGACGGCAGCGGUGACGGCAGCGGUGAUGGUGGCGGCGGCGAUGGCGAUGGCGGUGGCGGUAGCAGUGAUCCUGAGCAGCAGUGGCAGCAACACGACAACGUCGGCGUCGAAGGAGAGGACUGGAAGGAGAGAGGGUCGGCUGAAGGGGGUUGGGAUUCUAGUGAGAAGGUGACUUGA